GCGCGCUCACGUGGGCGCGUCUGCCAGCCCCCCGGUCGCCACAGUGGAUGGGUGUCGGCGUGGAAGAUGCUGUGAGCUGAAUGGACGCACUUACAUUCAAGGAAUGUAAUCAUCUUCUCUUUAUGCCCGCUAGAAGCCGGUCUAUUCCAGGUACCGAUGAGCAAGCGAGAGGUGAUGUAAUGGCAGAGCUCACGUGGAGGACGGAUGAUUGCAGGACCUCCACUGCUGUAUAAAAAAAUCACUGCAGACCCCGUAGACAUUUACCAGAAUGGAUUUUCCCAACUGCACUGAAGGGGUGUUUGCGACCAGCAGCGGUGAUUAUGAUGCCCUGGAGCCCGCCAAACCGCCCCCCAAGAAGAUCGUCCUUUCGGUGACCCUCUCCGUGCUGGCCAUCGUCACCACCUUCCUCAACUGCUUGGUGAUCACCGCCAUCGCCGUCACCCGCAAGUUGCAUCACCCCGCCAACUACCUCAUCUGCUCCCUGGCGGUGACCGACCUGCUGGUGGCCGUUCUGGUCAUGCCCUUUAGCAUCAUCUACAUUCAGAAAGAAACCUGGGUCAUGGGUAAGGUGGUGUGCACCAUCUGGCUGAGCGUGGACAUCACGUGCUGCACGUGCUCCAUCCUCCACUUGGCCGCCAUCGCCGUCGACCGCUACAGGGCCAUCACAGACGCCGUGGAGUACUCGCGAAAACGUACGGGUGCCCGAGCAGGAGCCAUGGUGGCCGUCGUGUGGCUCUUGUCCAUCCUCAUCUCGCUUCCUCCUCUGUUGUGGAGGUACUACACGGGGGAUGCGGAUCAGGAAGACCAGUGCAUCAUCCUCCACCACCACAUCGCUUUUACUCUGUACUCCACCCUCGGGGCGUUUUACAUCCCCCUUUUGCUCAUCCUCAUCCUCUACUUUAAAAUCUACCGGGCCGCUCAGACCCUUUACAUGCGUCGGGAGGCCAGCAGGGCGAGCCGUCACUCGUGCAUGACCAACGGGAGUUCCAUCCCUUCCACCUACCCCGCCGGAGACGGCGGGCCUCGGAGUCCGGACCCCGUCAGCCCGCAAGAUAAAUCUUUCUCCGAUCCCUCGACGGAGGAGGCGCCACGCGAACGCAUGCGUAUUGCGGUGAAAAAGUUCCACUGCAAGAGCCGUCGGCACGACUCGCGCAGUGAGUCACGGAGGAGCCAGCUCUCGCAAGGACCACGCAUCUCGGGCGCGAGGGAACGCAAGGCUGCAUCCACGCUGGGUUUGAUCAUCGGAGCGUUUGUCAUUUGCUGGUUGCCCUUUUUUGUCAAGGAGGUGAUCGUCAACACGUGCGGCUCUUGCGGCACGUCGAUGGAGAUGGCUGACUUUCUGACGUGGCUGGGUUACAUCAACUCACUCAUCAACCCCCUCAUCUACACCAUCUUUAAUGAGGACUUCAAAAAGGCUUUCCAGAGACUGGUUAGGUGUAGUAGUUAUCUCUGAUGGUUAAUGCACUGUAACUUGUAAUCAGAUUUGGCUCGCACUCGAGGCGGAUGAAGUGGAAGCCAACGCUCCACUUGGCACUUCAGCAGCCUCAAAGAAUCAGAGAAAAGAUUUGGAUCAAAUAAAUUCCCUGUUAUAAAUAGAAUAGCAUCUCAUUGGUGUUGAUUGGAGUGUGUGGUAGGAUGCUGACAUGCGUUUUUUUUUUUUUUUAAGAAUGUCAUAGCUGACCUUUUCCACACCAACUAUUUGAGCACUGCCAAGCCAUCUGAAAGGUCUUAGCUGCCUCUUCCAUCUAAUGGCUUCCCAAAUUGGUGACAACACGGAAUGUGUAAAAAAAAAAAAAAAAAAAUGCAAUGAUCAUAGGAACAAAUAUGUCAUUGACA